UUUCGAUUUGACAAAUGGCAUUUCAUUUGGAUUCCCUUUAAAUUCACGUGGAAGAAGAGAAGAGAAGAGAAUUCUGUUUAAAGAGGAUGCCGAAAAAGAAGCUGAAAGCAUUUGUAAUUGAAAUUGGUAAAACACUUGACUCUGGACCGCAGUUUGUGGAACGUCUGUCCAAACGAUUGGAGGAAGUUAAGACCGAUCAGUACGAUGUUGUGCUUGCAAUCUGCCCCAUCGUUUCUCGAGUGGGUACGGACAUUGAAGCUGCAAGGAAAGUUUUUGAAGAUAAACGUCCCACUACAAAGCCCAUCAUUCUGGUGGUACUCCACCAUACACUUGACAUACAUUAUGUGAUACCAGAUUGCAGCAGAUAUGUAGGAGACCGCGUGUCAUUCACAGUACAUGCCCUGUUCCAUGAAGAUCACGGACUCCUCAAGAACUGUGAUGUGAACACACAGGCAAUAAAUCACACAUUGAAAGAACUAAAGAAGUUACAGAAAAAGGGAAGUCUCUUCAAGAACAUGUGCCCGCAUAUUUCAUUCAGAAUAAAGAGGGCGAAACCGAAGAUGAAAGGGUUUGUAAUUGAAAGUGGUAAAACACUCGACUCAGGACAGCAGUUUGUGGAACAUCUGUCGUACCGUUUGGAAGAAGUUAAGGCAGUUGGUGAAUGUGACAUCAUACUUGCAGUGUGCCCCAUCGUUUCUCGAGUGGGCACAGACCUCGAAGCUGCAAUGAAAGUUUUUGAAGAUAAAUGUCACUGUCCCACCCCAAAGCCCAUCAUCCUGGUGGUGCUGCAUCAUACAUUUGACAUAGAUUAUGUGGUACCAGAUUGCAGCAGAUAUGUAGGCGACCGCGUGGAAUUGAUAGUAAAUGGCCUGUUCCAUGAAGAUCACGGACUCCUCAAGAACUGUGAUGUGAACACGGAGGCCAUAAAUAAGACGUCGAAAAAACUGAAGGAGUUUCAGAAACUGAAAAUGAAGAAGGAUAAGAACAAAGAUGAGAAACCCCCAAAGACGGCUUGACAUUGAUGCCCUAGAGGACAACCAAUUCCAACUGACAUCAUAGGAGCACCAAUGCAACUGAGAGCAAAGAUAUGCCGUAAAAUCAUAACUAUUUUGUGGUUAGAACACCUGGGGCCUAUACUACAGAGCUGGUUCAGGAUAAGUUAAGGUUAAGUUAAGAGGUAAAUCAUCUAAUAGAAGGG